UCUUCUUAUUAUGUUUUUGCUUGUGACAGAAAGGACUCUCUCUUCUCUCCACCAGAAAUGAAGGAGAAUUACCUGGUUUUUGUCCUCCUCUAGCUACCACCAACAAAACCCCAAAACUUCCUUGUUUUUGUUUUCUUAUCACCUGUAAGCAACAUCUCUUUCAAUUCAAAGAGAAUCAAGAAGCAAAAUCAAGAAAGAAACAAGAGAGUUUGGUGUGAAAGAAUUUGAGGGAAUUAAAGAAAAGAAAGACAAAAGGGUUUUCACUUUUUUAUCUUCUUUUUUUUUUCCUUCCUUCAAUGUCAAAUAUCACAGGUGAAGGUGGGAGCUUCUCUUCUGGGAAUACUGCUGCUGUUGGAGAUGUAGAAGUUCAACAACAAGAGCUUCUUAAUCACUUAAACUCCAUAGCUUCAAGCACUACAACGACUACUACCACCACCACCACUAAUGGAUCCACUACUCAACAACACCAACCUAUAACAGUUUUUAAGAAGAAGAGAAACUUACCAGGAAACCCAGACCCUAGUGCAGAAGUUAUAGCUUUAUCACCAAAUACUCUGGUAGCUACAAACAGAUUUGUGUGUGAAAUCUGCAACAAAGGUUUCCAAAGAGAGCAAAAUCUCCAAUUACACAGGCGAGGACAUAACCUACCAUGGAAGCUUAGGCAAAGAACAAGCACAGAAAUCAAGAAAAGGGUUUAUGUUUGCCCCGAACCUUCAUGUGUUCAUCACAAUCCAGCUCGAGCUUUAGGUGAUCUUACAGGAAUCAAGAAGCAUUUUAGUCGAAAACAUGGCGAAAAGAAAUGGAAAUGCGAUAAAUGCUCUAAGAAAUAUGCUGUUCAAUCUGAUUGGAAAGCUCAUACAAAGACCUGUGGCACUAAGGAGUACAAAUGUGACUGUGGCACCAUCUUCUCCAGGAGGGAUAGCUUCAUCACUCACAGGGCUUUCUGUGAUGCCCUAACAGAAGAAAAUAACAAAGCAAAUCAAGGAUUAGUGCCCAACAUGGAACCAAACUUACAUGGCCAAGUCCCCAACCUCAUAUCCAUGCCUAUAAACAACAAUUCCGACUUUAAUCAUCUGGACACCAAGAUCCCAUUAUCUCUGCCCCAUGAGCUCAUGCCAAUGCCACCAAAACCCUCAGGAACCAUGUUUUCAAGUAGCAGCAAUGCAAGCCUUUUUGGUUGUGGAAGAAGCAUGUCAAAUUCUUCAUCAUCCCUUCAGUUAAGUGCAAAUUCUUCAACAAUCUUUGAAGGAAAUAAUGGGCAUCUAACCACUGGCUCAUCAGCUUCAAUGUCAGCCACCGCAUUGCUGCAAAAAGCAGCUCAAAUGGGUGCAACUGCAACUAGUAGUAGUCUGAACUCUCCCAUGUCCCACAAGAGCUUUGUUACUAAUAUGGCACCCUCAACAUUUGGUCCAAUGCAGACCUCAGAUGAUCAGUCUCAAAUGACUGCAGCAGGAGGCAAUGGAGGAUUUAUCAACCAGUUUUUCAAUACAAAUAGUGGGGUUAUUGAGAGCUCAGCGGCAAAUGAUAUGGCCAUGUUUAAUGAGGUUUUCGACCAAAACAGUGCGUUAUUCAAGAACAUUGAGCAGGGAAGCAGCAAUAAUAAGAACUUUUUUCAUGGUGUAAAUUCAAAUCAUCCUAGUGGAGCUAAUAAUCCAAGUGGGUUAACAAGUUUUAGUGGGGAUGUGAUGACUGUUGAUUUCUUAGGAGUAGGAGGAUCAAGACAAAGGAAUCUCCAUGAGCAGCAGAAACAAGAAAUGGAGUUUAGAGGAAUUGGUCAUCCAAGAAUUCAUCAAGGUUUGGGUCACUUUGAGCAACAAGCUGCAGCAGCUUUGGAGAAACCCAUGUGGGAUGUCUGAAAAAGAAAGCAAGAUUUCAUAAUUUCUACCUAGUCCUUGUAAUGAGUUCUCUCAUUACCCUUUUUUCCAAAAAAAGAUUUUUGCUUUUCCUUUUUUUUUUCCCUGGAUAUUGAUAUCAGCCAUGGAUCAACCUCUAAGAUUCUUUGCUAAAGAGCAAGACGAAGAGGCUUAAUAUCAAUAGAAGAAAUUGUAGAAGUUAUUCUAUAAAAUUCUUCUUUUACGUAAA